GGCGACUUUAAAUGGCAAAUCCUUCCAUGACUAGUGACCGGAUUGUUUUGUGUGGAAAGUGAUACGAUUUGAGGCUAAAACUCUAAAAAAAAAAUUGAGAGUAAGUGGACGGACUUUGUUUGGUAUUCAUAAAAUAACUGAGGCCAGAUCCAAUACAAGACCUGGACCCAAAAUUCUGACUAUUGAUUGUCUGUAAAAGUCCGCCGCUAGUAUGCAAAAUUGAUUUUUUAAUGAUGUUCCAACAGUGUACGUGUCCCUAGGGCAUGUUUAUCAGCACUGGGCAUUAGGAAAAUCAAUCAUCCCUCACUUGUUUGCUCCAGAGGCACUCCAACGCUCGCUUUUGAAGUUGUGGCGACUCGUCACGUCAUGAAUGAAAAACCUUCCUCGUGGACAUGUUGCCUCUCCUAAUACGGCCCUGGCUAGGCGAGCCCACCCCACGUAUACCCCCACAAUAAAAGUGCACAAUAGCUCUUCUGGGAGACAGAGUUAAUAUUAAGUUAAUAUGAACUAGCUAACAAUGCAUGUCAUGGGAAGUACCUAUUUUGACGCUAAAGCCCUCAUAUAAAAACUGUGUUCCAUUUACAUAAUGGACUUCUAUAUUGAACAAGCGACAGCGAUAUUGUUAUUGUAACAGAAAAACACGAAAAAACGAUAUUUUUCUGGCGAUUUUGGAUCACUGAGGCAUACUUCAAAGUUGACAAAUACAGUGGAACCUCAGUUAGCGUGUUUUUCAGUUAACAUCGAACAUUUAGGCCAAAACUUUGCCCCGGUUUAAGCUAAUUUUUUUAACUUUUCAUGUUAGCAUGAAACCAAAUAUCCUUGUUAGCAUCCUUAACUCAUUCAAUCCCAGACAUUUUUCAAAAGCCAUCCCUCUCCGUAUCGGCCAUUUUUGAUGAUUCUGACUGAUUUUUCUAGGCAUACUUCAAAGUUGACAAAUACAGUGGAACCUCGGUUAGCGUGUUUUUUGGUUAACAUCAAACAUUUCGGCCAAAACAUUGCCCUGGUUUAAGUACAUUUUCUAACUUUUCAUGUUAGUAAUGUACUAUGUUCAUCCCAAAUAUCCAUGUUAGCAUCCUUAACUCAUUCAAUCCCAGACAUUUUUCAAAAGCCAUCCCUCUCCGUAUCGGACAUUUUUGAUGAUUCUGACUGAUUUUUCUAGGCAUACUUCAAAGUUGACAAAUACAGUGGAACCUCGGUUAGCGUGUUUUUCGGUUAACAUCAAACAUUUCGGCCAAAACAUUGCCCUGGUUUAAGUACAUUUUCUAACUUUUCAUGUUAGUAAUGUACUAUGUUCAUCCCAAAUAUCCAUGUUAGCAUCCUUAACUCAUUCAAUCCCAGACAUUUUUCAAAAGCCAUCCCUCUCCGUAUCGGACAUUUUUGAUGAUUUUGACGGAUUUUUCUAGGCAUACUUCAAAGUUGACAAAUACAGUGGAACCUCAGUUAGCGUGUUUUUUGGUUAACAUCAAACAUUUAGGCCAAAACGUUGCCCUGGUUUAAGUACAUUUUCUAACCUUUCCUGUUAGUAAUGUACUAUGUUCAUCCCAAAUAUCCUUGUUAGCAUCCUUAACAACAGUUGAACCUCAGUUAGCGUGUUUUUUGGUUAACAUCGAACAUUUAGACCAAACUUUGCCCCGGUUUAAGCUCAUUUUUUUUUAACUUUUCAUGUUAGUAAUGUACUGCGUGGGUCUAACUGUGUUCCUAAUCUAUGUUUUUCGGUUAACAUCGAACAUUUAGGCCACAACGUUGCCCCGGUUUAAGCUCAUUUUCUAACUUUUCAUGUUAGUAAUGUACUAUGUUCAUCCCAAAUAUCCAUGUUAGCAUCCUUAUCUCAUUCAAUCCCAGCACUUUUUCAAAAGCCAUCCCUCUCUGUAUCGGCCAUUUUUGAUGAUUCUGAUUGAUUUUUGUAGGCAUACUUCAAAGUUGACAAAACAGUGGAACCUCAGUUAGCGUGUUUUUCGGUUAACAAUAGUUAGUUACUACCAUUUUUCCGUUCUUUAGUUAUUGGUAUUAGUUAUCAGUUCCCUUUCAUUCAUCAUUUACAUGUAGUUAUGUGCAUUUGAAUUAGUUUUCUGCAAAACCAUACAAAUCUGUUUUGGUUAGAGACCACCUCCUGGAACAAAUGAAUAACGCUAAACAAGGUUCCACUUAAAGUGAUUAAAUGAUACAUCAACUGUCCUACGAGGUGGAGCAGCUGCAGGCCAAUCGUGCUUUCAUCCCCUUGCUCAAUCCCUCGUACGUUGUCAUCUUCACGACCAUUAUGGUCACCUCAGUAAAGCCACGCUUUGAGACGCAGGUUUCAUGCCAUUGUGCACCCGUGAAUCAAUGCAGCCCAGCGGGAAGCAAAGCAACACAUCCAAACGUCAUUGUCAUUCCAUCCCACAGGUCCCCCCGUAAACGUUACAUGCAAUAUUUUUAUCAACAGUUUUGGCUCGGUCACAGAGACCACCAUGGUCCGCCUGUUAAUGUUACCUGCAACAUAUUUAUCAACAGCUUUGGUUCUAUAGCAGAAACGACAAUGGAUUACAGAGUGAAUAUCUUCCUGCGGCAGAAGUGGAAUGACCCCCGUUUGGCGUACAGCAAAUACCCAGACUCCUCACUGGACUUGGACCCGUCCAUGUUGGACUCCAUAUGGAAGCCUGACCUCUUCUUUGCCAACGAGAAGGGCGCCAACUUCCACGAUGUCACCACGGAUAACAAGCUGUUGAGGAUCUUCAAGAACGGGAAUGUCCUCUACAGUAUAAGAUUGACCCUCAUCCUGUCCUGCCCGAUGGAUCUCAAGAACUUCCCCAUGGAUGUCCAAACUUGUACAAUGCAACUGGAGAGUUUCGGCUACACCAUGAAUGACCUCAUCUUCGAGUGGCUGGAGACCGGCGCCGUGCAAGUGUCAGAUGGUUUGACGCUGCCUCAGUUCAUCAUGAGGGAGGAGAAGGAGCUGGGCUACUGCACCAAACACUACAACACAGGCAAAUUCACUUGCAUUGAGGUGAAAUUCCAUCUGGAGCGUCAGAUGGGCUACUAUCUGAUCCAGAUGUACAUCCCCUCCCUCCUCAUCGUCAUCCUCUCGUGGGUGUCUUUUUGGAUCAACAUGGAUGCCGCGCCCGCCAGGGUGGCAUUGGGUAUCACCACGGUGCUCACCAUGACCACACAGAGCUCCGGCUCCAGAGCUUCUCUUCCAAAGGUCUCCUACGUGAAAGCCAUUGAUAUCUGGAUGGCGGUGUGUCUGCUCUUCGUGUUUGCUGCAUUGCUGGAAUACGCCGGGGUAAAUUUCGUCUCCAGGCAACAGAAAGAGUUCCUCCGCUUGAGGCGAAGACAAAGGAAGAAUCACAAGGAUGAAGACAUGCGUGACGGCCGUUUUCAUUUUACUGGCUACAGCGUGAAUCAGUGUCUGCCAACGAAGGACGGCUCAGCUGUUAAGAACGCCGCCCCGGCCCUGGCCCCGGCCCCCAACCCCAACCCUCAGUCGUCGCUCCCAAAAGACACGGAUAUCAUGAAGAAAAAGUUUGUGGACCGAGCUAAGAGGAUAGACACGAUCUCUCGAGCUGCCUUCCCGCUGGCCUUCCUCAUCUUUAACGUCUUCUACUGGAUCACCUACAAGAUCGUCAGGCACGAGGACAUCCACAAAAAGUAACCAGGCACAGCAUCAUAUAUAUAUAAUAUAUAAUAUAUAAUAUUUAAUAUAUAUAUAUAUGUCACACCGAGAUGACACAGUACAGGAUCAAUGCCAACUGGUGUUCUUUCAGGGAUCGAGUCUGAGGAUGUUCACAGUGUGGACGCUCGGUUGGACUGCUGCAAUCAUUGUCGGAGGAAAACUUAGGGGGGGGACUCGAGCUUUUAGUAGCAUUCCGGUUACAGCGGACCAAAUCUGUUUUCUAACCCGUCUUGCCUUGAGGUCCGAGGAACAAAGAAACUAUUUCUAAUUGAAAGGUAGCUUAGUAAAGACUGUAAGGAGGCGUUUCUUAUCAAGGGGUUGGUUUUGUAUCGUACUAAUGUCAACAAUACUUCCUUUUAAACACAAGCUGGGAAUACGUCAUGUGUACAGGAAGAACAACAUGCAUAUAAUACUGAGGAAUAUUUCAAUGUGAUGGGUGGAUACCGAAACCACGUUUCCACCGGGUGAUUCAGAUUCAGAUUCAGUUCAGUCGCUAGGAUGGUUUCUUCUUCGCAUGUUUUUACCAUCAAAAUGGUUCGCUUGAGUUUUGUGUUCUUCCCGGUUGCUGGGUUAAUAAUUCCCGAUUAACCGGUCGACUAAUCCAACGAUUAAUCCGACGCCUCCAGCGGCACCCUUUAGGUACCGUAACCAUUCGGGUACCGACUUCACCGCCAAGGGGGCUAGCUUAACUUUUGAUAUCGACGAUGCAAAAAAAAAAAAAAAAAAUUCCUAUUGAACUUUUAGAAACGGGACUUUUAGUUUUUUUUUUCAUUUUCAUCUAAGGUCCCCAACCCCUGGCACCCACUCACUCCGCAUUACUGCAACCUUACUGCAGUGGACUGAUUAUUUUUACUCACAGUUUACUUCCUAUACUUGAAAGGUGGCGGUAAUCAUUAAAAGGGGACCUAUUAUGCUCACAGUCGGCCCUCUGUAUCGAGUUGUGGACCCCAAAAACACGAUAACCCGCACAGAAAGCUGUCUAGAUCUUCCAGAAUCUGCACCUAUUUCAGCCAAAUUUCCUCGGCUUUUCAAAAUUUUUUUAAAUUUUGAUUUUAAUUUAUUCCACCCACGGCCCACCCCACUCCGCUGUGAUUGGUAACACUCCUAAGGACUUCCAGACUACUGCCGAACCCUUUUUUCUAAUUUUGUCUUUAUAGGAGUUGAUAAUAAUAAAUGAAUAAACAAGCUACUUGAAAAGUUGUUGGGAGCUACUGGCAGCUCAUGGUCUACUGGUUGGAGACCCCUGACUUAUCGUGUAUAUCGGUAGUAGGACUAUGGUCGGUACACGUUUGCACAUUCUAUAAUGCAACACUUACACAAACCAAACACAGUUAGGACACUGAUGAUAAAUUGUUACUUACAGCUUGCGCUUCGGACUCUUCAACUUUGGAACGGCAUCAGAUAUCCCGGCUUGGUAUAGUCCAGUUUCACCCAUGCUAGCAAAACAGUCCCGUAUUUUUCUCGUCACCUGCAAUCUGCAACUCCAACCACUUCGGCCUGAUGCCUUUCCUGGAAGACAUCGCUCCAUGGGAACACAGUGAAAUAUUUAGCAAAACAGUGUACGCAGCAGAGCAGACGCUAAGACAGGCAUGCCCAUAUAAAGAAGACCAGCUCACUGGGACCUCACAGUGAAAAAAAAAAAAAAACUCCCUGAAAGCAAGCGUUCAGAACCAAUCCAAAUGCUCAAACUUGGCAUCGUUUAACACAAUAAUACAACAUUAUAACAAUAUUUAAAAAAUAUUUAAAAAGUGGAAAAAGCAUAACAGGUCCCCUUUAAUAAAAGGUUCCCACAUUAAUAUGACAUACAUUUUUUUUUAAUUUCUAAUAUGUAAAGUGGUCGGUAUUAUUAAUAACCGGGGGGAGGAGGGAUCACGAUGACACGCUUGUGCGUGAAAUCGAUUUUCAUAUGAAUUCCAUUUUGGGGUCAUGAAGCGAUGAAAAGUUAAUUUCUACAGUUUUUGGGAACACUUGCUUGUCAAACGGCUUCCUGAUUCCUGUCAGUUGUCUUCUGUGUCAUCAUGUGUUUUUUGUACAUUUUGUACAUCGCUUUUCCAGUUUGGUUCUUCAGCUGAAAAAGUUCGAGAACCCCUGACAAAAUAUUUUACAUUUGAAAAAGUUUCGAGCGGGUUUAAAUGUAUCAUAGUCCCAAGUAAAUAAAUCCUUCUCUUGUAGACUUUAAAACUUCUUUUAUACUCCGCUGACCUAUUUAUCUUACCGUGGGAACGCUCACAUUUAAUUAUCUUUGUGUAUACUUUGCUGCGCACCUUCUGACACGGCGCCGGGAUCGUGACAUGACAUCCAUCUGCAGAUAAGCCGGCAGAAAGACGAGAUUGAACCCGCCUAACGUUUAUGCUAUAGAACCCGUAAUGGACCUUAAAGGAACGUUUUCUUUCAAUGCUAUUAAUGACUACUUUUAUUUAUCAGCCUGAACAUCAAUAAAACUGACUGCACCGUG